GGCUCAUCUCUGCUGUUCCGCCCAAAUUGAAAUGGAAACCCUAGGAACUUUUGAAAAUUAACAGAAACCCUACCAUUUCGGUGCCAUCCAUGACUUCCAUUUCGCAAAAAGAAAACGAGAAUUGCAGAGAUCUCGAUGCUCUCUCUCUCUUUCAUCAAAACAGCGCUGCAUCAUAGAGAGAGAGAGAGAGAGAGAGAGAGAGAGAGAGAUGUUUCUAGGGAGAGAAAGGGAAAGAUUCACGAUGCUUUAGCGGUGGAGGUUUCUUGUUCUUUUUUGGAUUGUACGCAUGCAGCUGCAUAGAUUGAUUCCGUGUAAAGGUUUGUUUGAAGAAAUGUUUAGUUUUUGAAGCUGCAAUUUGGCUUUACAUUGUAUUUGAGGUUCUCUGUAGCGUCUUUCGGUCGAUUUGAUCUGUAAGUCGAAUUCUUGGCGUUUUCUUGUUGAUUUUGAUACCUAAACGGUGAUUCUGAGGUUUUUCACCAGUCGGAUCGAUGAUUUCUGAUCCACGCUUGAUCUUCUACGCCUGCAUUUCCAAGGGGACUACGAUUCUCGCCGAGCACACCUCGGGAGAUCCCGAUCUCGAAGCCCUAGCCCUGAAAUUCAUAGAGAAGACCCCUCCUUUCCACUCCGUGUUCUCUGAAACCUUUCACAGAAGAACCUACACCUUCUUAAUUGACAACCCUUUUGUGUAUUUUGCCAUAUACGAUGAAAAUCUCGAGAAAGCACAGGGCUUGUGGUUCCUCAGCCGCGUAAAGGAUGUGUUCGAGGACAUUCUUGAGAGCAAGUCGAUCACGAGGUUUGAUGACCUCACAUCCCAUUGCUUUCAAGCAGAACUCAAUCCGAUUUUCCGGGAAUUGUUGGCAUUGCCCUUCGAAUUUUCAUUGACCCAAGAUAGUCAAAAUGCAAGUUUGAAUUCAUCAAAAGAGAAGAAGACUGUUUCGUUGCCAUUGUUAGGGAAGCCGGGAAAGGGGUUGAAGAAGAAAAAGAGGGCGGUGGGGGAGAGUAAUGGUAAUGGGGAAUGCAGGGAUCUUGCAGGGGAGAACAAGGUGGUGGAAGUUUCAGAUGAUGGGGCUAGGGAUUUUUCUCUGUCUCUGGCGAAGAACGGGCUGUUGGCAAGCGAUGGGGGACGACAGAAGGCAAAGCAGAAAUGGAUGCAGCAGGUGUGGAUGGUUUUGUUGCUGGACUUGGUUGUGUGUUCUCUGUUGUUUGCGAUAUGGCUGUGGAUUUGCAGGGGCUUCAAGUGCAUUGAUGGUUGAAUUUGAACUGGUUUUGAAGGCUUGAUCUGAGGUUGGUCUGACUUGGUCUUCUGUGUGAAAAUUUGUUGUGUAAUUUCAAGAAGAAAGAGAAUGUGUGUGGCAUUCUGAAGUUGUUUCAGUACAUGAACUAUAUAUACAAACUGUAACAGUAUAAUGGGAUUUUUAAAUACAAUGGAGCCGAGGAGUUCUCCAGUUGUGUUUCAGCUGGUAAUCUUCUUCUUCUUCUUCUUCUUUUAUUUCUUUUGCUUUCUGGUAAGAGCAAUUGAACAAUUUGUAUUAUUUUCAGGGGAAAAACAAUAAAUCUUCCCCAUACAGUUUGUAAUUAGUGUGUUUUUAUUGAAAGGGUGUAUACUGUAGAUA